AACUGUUUUCUGUCUUUGAAAGAAAACGAUAGAAAAUGUAGCUUCCUUCACGGACCCGUUGUUCAGUUGACCUCUAAUCUGAAUAUUCCUCAUUAUAUGCUACUAUUUGUUAAUAAUAAUAGACUAUUAAACAUUGACAUAAUAAAUACAAGAGAUUGUGGUGUUGAGAGAUACUCCUACAUUGAUCUUUUGGGUCUUGAAUUGUUUGAGAAAAUGGGUAUUGUUGGGUUUAUAGCAUUAGCUUUGGUUCUGAAUGUGGGUGUGGUGUGUAAUGGAGGCAGCACAAGCCCCUUCCUCAGGAAAGUUGAGAAGACUGUGGAUAUGCCACUUGACAGUGAUGUCUUUGCUGUUCCUCGUGGUUAUAAUGCUCCCCAGCAAGUUCAUAUAACACAAGGUGACCUUGAGGGGAAAGCAGUGAUCGUGUCAUGGGUUACGGUGGAUGAACCAGGGUCCAGCAAAGUGCGUUACUGGAGCGAGAACGAGAACGGUGACAACAAGAAGAUAGCUAGAGGCAAAAUUGUUAGUUACAGAUUCUUCAAUUACACGUCUGGUUUUAUUCAUCACACCACCAUCAGAAAUUUGGAGUAUAACACCAAAUACUACUAUGAGGUUGGGAUUGGAAACACUACACGGCAGUUUUGGUUUGUAACUCCUCCUCAAAUUGGUCCUGAUGUGCCAUACACAUUUGGUCUCAUAGGGGAUCUUGGUCAGAGUUUUGAUUCAAAUAAGACGCUUUCUCACUAUGAGAUGAAUCCAAGCAAAGGACAAACUGUACUGUUUGUCGGCGACCUCUCUUAUGCAGAUAACUACCCAAAUCAUGAUAAUGUUAGAUGGGAUACAUGGGGAAGGUUUACAGAAAGGAGUGUUGCUUAUCAACCAUGGAUAUGGACUGCAGGGAACCAUGAAAUUGAUUUUGCUCCAGAAAUUGGUGAAACCAAACCUUUCAAGCCAUAUAGCCACCGGUACCAUGUUCCUUAUAAAGCCUCUCAGAGUACUGCACCAUUCUGGUAUUCUAUAAAGAGAGCUUCUGCUCACAUCAUUGUCUUGGCCUCAUAUUCAGCAUAUGGAAAAUAUACACCCCAAUACAAAUGGCUUGAAGAAGAGCUACCAAAAGUUAACAGGACAGAGACUCCUUGGCUGAUUGUUCUCAUGCAUUCACCUUGGUAUAAUAGCUACAACUAUCAUUAUAUGGAAGGGGAAACAAUGAGAGUAAUGUAUGAGCCCUGGUUUGUGCAGUACAAGGUUGAUGUUGUCUUUGCUGGUCAUGUUCAUGCCUAUGAACGAUCCGAGCGUGUUUCCAAUGUUGCAUACAACGUUGUAAAUGGUCUUUGCACUCCUUUGAAAGAUCAAUCAGCUCCUGUAUAUAUAACCAUUGGGGAUGGAGGAAAUCUUGAAGGCUUAGCAACCAACAUGACAGAACCACAGCCAGAGUACUCUGCAUACAGAGAGGCCAGCUUUGGGCAUGCCAUUUUUGACAUAAAGAACCGAACACAUGCUCACUACAGCUGGCACCGAAAUCAAGAUGGAUAUGCGGUGGAAGCUGAUUCCGUUUGGUUUUUCAACAGAUUCUGGCACCCAGUUGAUGAUUCCACAGCUCAUGUUUCGCACUAACGCAGAUUUACUGGUCUUUUGAGAAGAAUACCCAAUGUGAUGUCAAUAAAUUAAUGACUCGAUCAUUGACUGUAUGUCAAUCAUUAAUUAUCUGUACCUUUGUCAUUCUACUUUGUAUCUCUGUCACAUAAAUGAAAAUUGCUUGCUUCUAUUCUG